AAUUUAUCUGCCUCUCUUUCCAGAGUGAGGACUAAAGAGGGACACAGUACUGUGUGAAGAACCCAUCUCAUUCAAAGGAAAUAAACGAUUAGGAAGUGUGAUGUCUUGUUCUUCGAGAAUCUUUUGUUUUCAAUUGUCAUGACCAGUCAAUCUAUUAGUCUAAGGAGGAAGAUGGAGAUAUUCAGAUUUAAUUCUUGAAGUCAUUAGGAAGCAUAGAAGGAAAAGGUUCUCUUCAAAAUUUUCUGGAAGCAUCGAAGGAAAAGGUUCUCUUCAAAAUUUUCUGGUCCGCUACUUGUUUCAUGUGAUUGACUGAAACAGUCACAAUGACAACCGAAGAAGUGCAUGACCAAUAUAUAGUUGCUCAAUUCUCACCCGAAAUUGUGAAGAAUUUUAAAGAACUUUUUCCUGAACACGGUGAUCUUACUUAUGAAGAAGUUCUUGAACAGCAGGUAAGUGUUUAUCAGUCACUUCAAGGAAAUGAGAGGAACAAGGGUAGUACCUCUGAUGUAGGCCAAAGUAGUGACUGGAGUCAAUUCUCAGGCCAAGAGGGUGAAUCUUCAAGGGGAAGAAGCUGUAGAAGUGUUGAAUCACAAUUAGCUUUGGAUGAAGCUCUUGCUAGAUCCUUGCAGGACUUGGGGGACAACUUCAGUGAUUUGUACACAUCUGAACCCAUUGAUAACACAGCCGGGAAUACAGGAGUUAGUUCUAUAGGAACUCCCAGUAGCUCUAUAGGAACUCCUGUCAGGUCUGGGAGUCCAGAUGUGAGGCAAGAUGACAUUGAUCCAGAUGGAAUGACUUAUGAGCAAUUGCAAUCAUUGGGGGAUUCCAUUGGUUCUGAGAGCAAAGGAUUGUCAGAAGAGCUGAUCUCGAGAUUGCCAUAUUUCAAGUACAAAACAGGGUUGUUCUCAAAGAAAAAGAAAAAAGAGGAGUGUGUGAUAUGUUUCACACAGUACAAAAGCGGGGAUUAUUUGAUCACUUUGCCUUGUGCACAUCAAUAUCAUUCAAAAUGCAUUACACAUUGGUUGAAGAUCAAUAAGACCUGCCCUGUCUGCAAAGUGGAGGUGAAUGAAUACUGAUCUAUGGACAAUUCCAUCGCAAGGAUACCAGCAAGUGGUUCAAGAAUUACUAUAUCCGCGGUUUUUUUUUUGUUUUUUUCCCUAGUUUUUCUUUAAUGUCAAUAGGUAAAUGCUAGGGUUACUUUUAGUUUAAAGCUGUUGCGUGGAACAUGAAUUUUUUUUCUCUACUUUUGUGGAAAGGUUUCUUGUUCUAAUUUUGUCAACAUACAAGCUGAAUGGUGAUUGUAACAAGGGUACUUUUUACAUGAAACACCUUCUUCCUUUACUUUUUUUCAA